GGAACUUCUUGCCUUGGCUUGAAAUAGAUCCCUUUUGUUUUGUUGUCUUCUUUCUCACCACACAAAUCACAUUCAAUCCUCACAGGGUAACAGCACCUGAUUCUUGAAAGGGAAAAUAUUCAUCGUGAACAGAGACUGCAAAUUACUUCGGGUAGAUGGUCCAUGAUUAUGGAUGGGGGAGAAAGAAAGUUGAAGGGUUGGGGGAAAAAAAUCAAUAACUUUCUAUCUGCCUUUAAUUCCAACCAUCCCGCUUCAGAAGCGUGACAAGAAGGUGGAGUAUCAGAAACAACAUGCAAUGAAGAUGCAGAUCUGAACACAAAUUCCCAAGAAAGAUAGAAUUGACUGCCUAUUAUUCAAGCUAAACAGAGCACUCAUGGAGAAGCUUAUCAAGCCAAGCGACAAGGAGUUCAUGAGGAUGGCCAUUUUAAAACAUGAAGAGACUUUCAGAGAGCAGUUACAUGAGCUCCAUCGGUUGUACCGGAUCCAGAAGAUGCUGAUGAAGAAUAUGAAAAAUGGAAGAGCUGUUGAUGUCACCCAACGAGAAUGGAACUUGAAGAAUGCGAUUAGUUUAACUCAAACCACUAAUCAUCGAAAAGAUGCACAGAAAAAGCCAGAAAUCAAAUUUGAUCUUGAACGGCCAGCGGAGGAACACAUUGCAGAAUCAGAUGGUGAUGAGGUAGAGAUCAUGGAUGAAUCUGAGAUUGAGCUGACACUAGGCCCGUCAAGUUACUGCGACCGUAGAAAGAAAGUUGAUACACCACUAACUUCAGAUUCUGGAUAUAGCUUGUCUUCUUCUUCCACUGGAUCCAGCCAUAUAAACAAGACAGCGAGAGAAGAUUCAAGUGGAAUGAGAAACAGUUUUGUUGAUAUUGAAGAACGAUCAAGACAAGAGAGGCUAAAACAGCCACCUUGGCUCUUUCAAGUGUUGAGUCUGAACAUGACUCAAUUAAAUACAUAGUUAAAUCGCUGUUUAUGGCUAACUUUGUGGAUGAUGUUUUUCAUCUGGAAUAUUCUGCCUAGUCGUCAAGUGUGGUGGAUUUUGAUGAAGUCGAAUAUAACCUGUUUCCCCGGUGACCUUCCAGUUGCACUCAACAUCAUUAUCAGCUAAAGCCAUGAAAAUAUCAUUUUGUUGAUUAUGGCGAUCAGUCAUGUCUCUAAGCUUCUGAACGCCCUGGCAAUAGUUUUGCGCCCUUCGUCUGGAAGACUAGAGAUGUAAUUAUGGAAGAGGAUAUAUCAAAUUAUGUAGAUAAGUUGUUUUCCA